UCAACCAAUUCAACCGGAUGACACGGUUGACUAUUUUUGCUUUAGCGUGAAAUUUACUCGCUCGCUCAACAUUGUUAGUUUAGGCGCGGAGCGCCUCAAUCAAACAAACCUAGUAUAAAAUAAAAGCCCACCAAGUACGUACGCGCAUGUACAUUAAAACUAAUCAAAACUAGCAUGCGCAAAAUGAACGAAAAUUCUCCAUUUAAAUUCUUUCAUCGAAUCGACUAUAUGCUCUUGAGAUUUACUUUGACAGAUGUCACUGAAUCUCAAAUUUAUCUCGUAAACUUUAUGUAUGCAUUUGGGUAUGUUUUGUCUUCAAAGGAAUAUAAAGAUAUAUACGUGGAAACGAAAUAAUGCUGUGUCAGCACAUUAAAAAAUAUAAUUACCUGUUUAAACAUUAAUUCACAUACAGCGAUAUGUUAUUCAAGGAUUAGACUCAAGUGUCUGUUGAAUGUGUGUUUUUAUCUGACAUUUUGUCGUUUUAAAUGUAACAAGUUUAUGUUGUUAUAUAUUGUUUAUGAAAAAUGGUGGACUUAAAAAACAAUGUAAACGAAACACAUGAUUCUAAUCAUGAAUCAAGGAUGAGAACUGAUAGUUUUGGAACUAUGCCAUCGACACCUUCUUCAUCGUCUGAUUAUAUGACAGGAGAAGCAGAUGACAGCUCAGAUAGUAAAGCUGCCAUACCAUUUAGUUUAAAGUCAGUGGAAACAGUGCUUUCAUUGUCUAAGAGUACAUGCGAGGAGGAUCUUAAGGAGAUGGUACAAAAAUGUAAACAAAUGGUAUUGGAAAGUGCAGAAUGCUCUGAUGAACGAAAAUGGCUAGUUAGGCGUUUAAUUGAAUUACGUUUAAGAGUGCAAGAAUUACGAGAAACUUCGGAAGAAAAUUUACUUGAAACACAAGUAAUUCUUGGACAUCACUUGGUGCCACAAAAAUAUUAUAUUACAACUUCUGGUCCUGUAUAUUGUGAUCAUUGUAGUGGAGCUAUUUGGACUAUGCUUCAGUCAUGGUAUAUGUGUAGUGAUUGUAAAUUCUGUUGCCAUUGGAAAUGUUUAAACAACAUAUGCAGAGUAUGCGUUCAUGUGGUUGCCAGCGAAGCAGGUGGUUAUACUUAUACAAAAGACAUUUGUCCAGAGCAAGGCUUAUCUGGUCAAGGAUAUCGGUGUGCAGAGUGCAAAGUUCGAAUAACAUUUAACUCGGUAUGGGUCGAACCUCGUCUUUGCGACUACAGUGGAUUGUAUUAUUGCCAAAGGUGCCAUUGGAAUACUGCAAUGGUAAUUCCUGCAAGAGUAAUUAGGAAUUGGGACAUGGAACCGCGACUUGUAUCUCGAGCAGCUGCACAGCUUCUAACACUUUUAGAAGAGCGUUCUGUUUUAGUGUUAGAAGAAUUGAAUCCCAAAUUAUUCACCUUAGUCCCAGAUUUAUCUUUAGUGAAGAAAAUGCGGGAAGAAAUGCAAAUGAUGAAACGCUAUUUGGUUCUAUGCCCGGAAGCUAGUAACCAAGGACUACCAUGGAAGGUUGGAAUACGUACUCACAUGAUAGAAAAUUCGGGAAAUUAUUCUAUUAAAGAUCUCGUCGAUUUGAACAACGGAAUGCUUCUGGAAGAAAUUCGUUCUGCAUACGAUGUUAUGCAUGCUCACAUCACGGAGCAAUGCCAAUUGUGCAAAGCGAGGGGUCAUUUAUGCGAAUUAUGCGGUAAUGACGAAAUUAUAUAUCCGUGGGACGCGUGUUCCAUAAGUUGCCAUCAAUGUUCGGCUGUUCAUCACCGGGCUUGUUGGUCGAAACGAAAUCACUGCUGCCCGCGAUGUACAAGACUUCAAAAACGACGCGCAUUACAACAUCAACAAACUUUAGACACGGACGACAGUCUUACAGAGGACGGACUGAAUACGAGUGAAUCGUUGAGCGAUACAACGUAAACAUUAUAUAAUUUUGUAUUAUGAUCACCUGAUCAGUCUUUGAAAACCUAACGUUUUUAUGCUUAUUCUUCGAGUUCGUCAUGAACUUCGAUCUGUAUAUAUUACUUUCGUGCAGACGUUUUGUAAAAUAAAAUAGAACAAAGAUUUUGCAAA